UACACGCGCAAGACCUGGAGCAAAACGUGGGUCGUAGGCCCCUUCUCCGAAUCAAGGUGACGGCAUUUGCUUACCCCACAUUCCGGAAUACCGUAUGCAGGAUGGCGCCAAUGUCAUCCGAGGUCGAGCUGCGAUGCAGGUAUGGCAUCGUGAAAUGCCAUGCUGUCUACAUCUUCUUCCCGAAGAGUAACCGGAAAGCCCAGACAGCCAUCGUUGGAUGUUUGGUAGUGAUAAAGAACUUGACAGUCAUAUCAGUUGACGGGUACAAUUGGUCUUCUCGCGAACCUCGCGCGUAUCCCCGCGCUUCUCCAGACAACCGAUCAGCGAAACAGUAGCCCACUCACACCAUGGUGAUUUCAACAGCAAUUCGCAUAGCGCCUUCGAGGGCAGCACGCGCACUCAAUCUCCUUCGUACUGUACAAUAUACGCAUCCUCCGUCAUGUCCCUGCCAUUCGAAUCCCAACUACCACCAAUCGCCAGCUACCGUUCAGCAAGCACGGCGACAUCUCGCAACGCCCCUCGAUCAAUUCCAGCAGAAAGAAUAUGCUUUCGAGAUGGCAGCAUCCAGCAUACGAUUUGGGCCCGGAUGUACAAAGGAAGUGGGUAUGGACUUCAAGAAUAUGGGAAGCAAGCGUGUCAUGGUCGUCACAGACCCCAACGUACGGAAACUAGAUGCCAUGAAGCAGGUCAUCGAAGGUCUGGAGAGGGAGGGUGUAACAUAUGAGAUCUUCGACAAGGUCAGGGUUGAGCCAAAGGACCAUAGCAUAAAAGAGGCGAUCGACUUUGCGAAGCCGUGGAAACCAGAUGCAUACUUGGCUGUUGGUGGUGGCAGUGUUAUUGACACUGCCAAGUUGAUGAACCUGUACACCACAUUCCCCGAGGCAGACUUCCUGGACUUUGUCAACGCCCCACUCGGCAAGGGAAUGCCUAUUCCAUCGAAGCUUUUCCCACUCAUUGCUGUGCCAACAACAGCAGGAACUGGAUCUGAGACUACCGGUACAGCCAUCUUCGAUCUGGUCUCCAAGCGCGCGAAGACGGGUAUCGCUCACCGCAACUUGAAGCCUACGCUGGGCAUAGUUGAUCCAUUGAACACACGUACCAUGCCCUCUGCGGUCCACGCCUCUUCAGGUCUUGACGUACUUUGCCACUCUCUUGAAUCAUGGACUGCGAUACCGUACUAUGAGCGUACUCCGCGACCUACCAACCCCAUCAAUCGUCCGGCCUACCAAGGCGCGAAUCCAAUUUCCGACAUCUUCUCUCUCAAGGCUUUGAAGGACACAGUCAAGUACCUACCUCGCGCAGUCAAAGACCCUGAUGAUCAUGAGGCGCAAUCCCAGAUGUUGCUAGCUGCAACACUCGCUGGUGUUGGUUUCGGCAAUGCAGGUGUGCAUCUCUGCCACGGCAUGUCCUACCCUAUCUCAGGGCAAAAUCCGGGAUACAAGCAUGCUGGCUAUGAUGUUGAUCACACCAUCAUCCCGCAUGGUGUUAGUGUUGCAGUAACUGCACCAGCAGUAUUCAAGUUCACUGGCGCAUCGAACCCGGAGAGACAUCUGGCCGCUGCCGAGGCAUUCGGUGUGGAUAUCUCGAAUGUCAAGGCAGAGAGUGCGGGAGAGGUGUUGGGCGAGGCGCUAGCAGAAUUCUUGAUCAAACUCGGUGAUCAACCACGCGGUCUAAAGGCGCUUGGCUUCGGAAAAGAGCAUUUGGACCAGUUGGUUGAGGGCACAAUUCCCCAGGCGAGAGUACUGAUGUUAGCACCCAGCUUAGAGAUGCAGAACGUUGAUGCCGAGAGGGAGCAGUUACGGGGUUUGUUCGAGGAUGCUAUGGAGUACUGAUCGUAGCCACGGUGACUCUGUGUCGCAUACAGGGGACGUUGGCGAUGUUUGAAUCUGGAUGCCGAGGUUUGGACGAAGACGUGAAUGCAUAUGCAGUUGCAUGACUGUAGAAAGUUUUACAGAAUUCAAAAUAUGACGUGUCUCUGUUACAUCACAGUGUUGUUCGCCAUGUUGAGCUGA